GGAAGAGCGAUAACUUCCCAAGUAUAUGGAGGGCAGCCCUUGAACGGGCAGUGUCGGUUGCGAUACGUAAUCAUGGAAACGUUAAGUGUGUGCAGUUCCUUCUGGCAUCAUGCCUGGCCCAACUUAGCCGACAAAAACUUAACUUGCAGCGGGAGCAGCGCAGGAUGCUUCCUCCGAGCAUGAGAGGCGAGCGGCUGUUGAAAUCACAGGAAGGGUGACCACAUGUAUCCCACAAUCCCUUCGGAGCGAAGACCUCACACCACUGAUCGGCGCUGCACCCGCCAUUGCCGAAAAGGCAGUUGUGACUGAAUGGCAAGGGUCCACCGCAAAGGAAGCAACAUCGAACGCUACAGCCCUGAUGCCAUGCUUUGCCACGGUGCUGUUUGCUAUCUAAUUGACCUCCGUCUCACCACAGCCCCCAGCUAUCUUCUUCAAGUGUCAUUCGGGCCAAUUGCUGCACUUGAAAGUGAGAUUACUGGGCCCUUGUAGGAACAGUUGCACUGAUGGGCGCAAGGAUGGAAGACAUGCCUGAUGGGCCUCGCAGCUGGGCAGUGGCUUUCGCAGGAAGCGUUGUCAUGUGCUGCAUAUCAUGGACCUUCCGUUGCUCCGGAGUCAUGUACGUUGCCUUCAUCGAGGACUUCGGUGUCACGAGAGCCCAGGCGUCGUGGCCACUCUCACUCUUCAGCAUCGCGUCUUGUGUCACUGGUCCUGUAGCUGGUCUUAUGGUGCACCACUUCAGUAUGCGGAGUCUAUGUGCUUGGGCAACUUUGUUUGGAUCAAUAGCCGUUUUCAUCUGUCGAUAUGCCACCACCAUUAAGUUCACUUCCGUAUGGCUUGGUGUAGUACAAGGAGUCUGCACAGGGUUCCAUUACACCCUCACAUCACCACUCGUCGCCAGUCAUUUCAAACGUCACAGCACCACUGCCAUCGGCAUUCUGUACGCGGGACCGGCCAUUGGUUCUUUUAUAUUCCCUCCAUUCUUCAGCUGGACCUACCAACAGUACGGCCUUCGCGGUGUCUUCCUAAUAUUCUCUGGGAUUACGCUGAACGCUUUACCCUUCGUUCUCCUCAUGGGAGACCCGGUCACCUCAACAUAUUCAUCGAACGCCGUGCAAAAGACGAAGACAGACUCGCAGUCGGCGUGUCUCCUGGUACAAACAGAAACCCUCAAGAAGCGAAUAGUAGAGAGCGACAGCAAGAACGAAACCACGUCUUCCAGCUGCAUCAUGUGCGCGUGCUACAAGGAUGCGUGUAAAUCCUCAUCCAUGCUUUUGAUUAAAAGGAUGUCAGUUUUCUCGAAGGCUAUGUUUGUGUUCGGUAAGCCCAUGUUCUACGUGAUAGGCGUGUCCAACGUGGUUAUCGGAUACAACAACACGACAGUGCUGAACGUUCUCAUAGACUUUGCAAUAGACCAGAAGGUGCGACCGAACGCCGCAGUGUUUCUGCUAACUUCGUAUGGCGUGGGAGACUUAGUCGGAAGACUCGGUUCUGGAUGGAUAACAGAUAGAGGGUAUCUGAGUCGGUGCAAGAUGAUGAUGUUGGAAGCGAUACUGCUGGGAACUCUGCUGGUAGGACUGUCGCAGACGCGAGGACUCGAAAUGCUGAUGGCUGUAACAUUCGCGUUCGGCUGUGCUUCCGGAAGUACAAUGGUGUUGUUUACGGAUCUGCUGAAGGACUAUCUCGGUUCUGAAUGGAUCGCACUUGCAUCUGGUUGGAUGUUUUUCUUCGGUGGCUUGGUGCUCAUGACAAGACCGAUGGUGAUAGGAUACUUCAGGGACUCCAUCGGAUCUUACGAGACCAUGUUCAUCCUUCAAGGCAUAUCCUGCAUUCUUUGCGGUGUUAUGUGGGCCGUCAUUGCACUCUACGAAGUCUGGAAGGCAAAGUCAGGAGCCAGGACUCAACGAGCGACAAAGAUACAAAAUUCGCCGUCAGCCUUUAAAAAUGGCGUCACAUUCAAAGAUAGGGAAAGGCGAACAAUCUGUCCUCAGGACAAGAUCAGCGAUGCAUUAAUUAGAUGACGAAGCAAAGCUAAUAAAAUAUUCGAAACACA